UAACCACCUGUAUUCAGAAGCAGAUGCCCCUGAUUAUUUAUUCCGCAAAAGACUGAAAAGCUUGCUUUAAUCUUUCAGCAAAAUUGUUUUCUCAUCGCCAACGUUUCUGAGCUUCAUGUCUGGGUUUUCAUUUGGAUUUAUCUGCUCUCGCCUGGCUUCAGCGAUAUCAUUUUGCAGAAACCCUAUAUUAGUCCAUUCGCAAGAUAUUUCAUUCCAUGAAUAUCACCCUUUUAAGCGACUGGAGCACCGUCAGUAUGCGGAAAAGAGUUAAUUUUUUCUGCCUAGUGUCCGCCGGGAAAUGCCUGAAAACGGUUUCAAUAGCUUCAUGUUGUUUAAUACUGCUUUUGGGUAUGGUGGUGUCAUUUUUUCAAUUUCAGUAUGAGAAUUUAAACUGUCUGGUUGCACCUCGCUCAUGUAGCCUACAUCAACUGAUUGCGUCCAAUCACGCCGGAGUAAUCACGCUAACUUUAAAUUACCCACCAGCUGAAAACAGCAAUUCGUUUAUUAGUUCGUUUUCUCUGUGAUUCUCAACUACCCUACGGCGCUGUCGUCUGGUUGAAAUGGUUAAUGCGAUGAAUGUGUGUAAUUUGUGUAAUGUAUGGAGCUUGGUUCUGAUCAGCCUCGCUGGUCGAACUGAGGGUUAUGAGUCAAUGCUGGCCUCGGUCAAAAACAGCAAGAGAACGUCAUCAUACCAGUCUGAAGUACUGGGCGCCUCAGAUUUGGGUCAAAGAGACACCAAAUCUACCCCAGCGGCCAAGCCUGGACGCAUGGAUUUGUCUGAUUUCCAGACCCGUUUUCCGGUGCCGCGGGUCAUCGAGCGGUUGCAGGGACUCGUACCUGCUGUCCUGCCGCGAGCUGAAAAUACGAUGACCAGCACCCUGGCUCAGUCACCCCAAGCGGAGACCGCUGCCCUCGUGGACGUGUCGGUCAACUGCUCGAGCACCGGGUUCACCGUGCGGGUCAAGAGGAACUUCUUCGGCUUCGCCGUCACGCCCUCGGAGUUGACCAUCGGAAGGACGUGCAAGAGCAAUGGGGUUGACGAAUCCUCCGACGACUUGCUGUUCACCUAUCCGCUAACGUCUUGCGAUAACAGGCAAGAGAAACUGCCCGGUCACACACUGUAUAAGUACGCCCUGCACUUUGUGCCUGAGCCGACGCACCUGCCGGUCCGGUGGGCCCGCUGUCUCACCGUGGACAUUGAGUGCCGCGUAAAGAGCGUCCACCAGGUGCACCUGCUCGCGGUGCGUCCUACCUGGGCGACGCCCGCACGCAAGAUGCUGCAGGCCCAAAUGCCGGGGUAUGGAAUCCAGACGAUGAAUGAGGGGUGGACCAGCCCCAGCCCCUCCAGCGUCUUCCUCCUGGGGCAGAGGGUGCACUUCCAGGUGUUCGCUGUCUCCCUGCCGGCUGGCGGGAGGCUGUACGUCGAUCGCUGCCACGCCUCCACGGCGCCGAACCCCGACGCCUCUGUCAAGCACCCCGUCAUCGAGAACUACGGGUGCAUGGUGCACAGCAAAAGAGAAGGCAGUAGCUCGGGAUUUUGCCAGAGGACGGACAGGACCAUAAAUUUCGUGCUGGAGGCUUUCCAGUUUGACGAUAAUUCUACGGCCCAGGUGUUCCUGCACUGCCAUCUCUUUGUGGCGGUGGGGGGUCCCACGUCUACUGCCAAGUCCUGCACCUACAGCAGGAAGGAAAGAAGGUGGAAGGAGAUCUCCGGGCGAGACUCCGAGUGUGACUGCUGCGACUCCCAGUGCCGGCUUUCGGGAGGGGGGCGGCCGCUACACGAAGGCUACCAGAGCAGUGGACCCCUGGUAUUUGCUCCUGUGGGCCCAGAAACCAAAAGAAGCACACCCCCGACACACCACAAACAGGGGGAGGCCGUCUUGCCCAAGAGCAGACUGGAGGAGGAGGAAGAGGAGGUAGAGGAGGAGGAAGAAGAUCGUGGGGCAGUGUUUCAGGACUUUGAGGAAGAAGAGUGGCCAGGGGAAUAUGAGUAUGCCUAUGUGUACGAGGAGGACCGUUACCGAGGGGACGGGAGCCACACCCCCUCCACUAAGAAGGCCUUGCAGUCUGGGGAGGGGGUGGAGCUUGGUGGGGAGAACAUGGGAUCCACAUUUCAGAAGGAAGUGAUGGGGAUGAGGGAGGAGAUUGGGGAAAAGGCAGAAGCGGCAGUUGUUGAGGAGGUGGAGGGGGCAGUUGUUGGGGAGGCGGAGGGGCCUAUCUCUAGGGAGGAGGAGGGGGCAGUUGUUGGGGAGAAGGAGAAAGGGCUGAUAUUUGGAGAGGAAAAGGGGCCAGUGGUUGGGGAGAAGGAGAAGGAGGGGCCAGUGGUUAGGGAGGAGGAGCUUGAUGGGGAGAUGGUACAAAAAUUUAAGGCAGGGAUGGGGAUGGGGGAGAAGCCCGAGGAGGGGGAGUGGCCAGAGUUUGAUGAGAAGAUUGGGGGAGGGCCAGUGUUUGGGGAGGAGGAGGAGCUUAGUGGUGAGGAGGUGCCAUCAUUGAAGGCAGUGAUGGGGGAGGAGAAUGUAGAGGGGCAGUGGCCAGUGUUUGGGAAUGGGGAUUGGCCAAUGUUUAAUGAGAAGAUUGGGGAGUGGCCAAUGUUUGAGAAGAUUGGGGAGGGGCCAGUGGUUGGGGAGAAGGAGUUUAGUGGGGAAGUGGUACCAACAUUUAAGGCACUGAUGGGAAUGAGAGAGAAGACUGGGGACGGGGAGUGGCCUGACUUUGGGGAGGAGACUUGGGAGGGGGAGUGGCCAAUGCUUAGGGAGGAGGAGACUCAUAGGGAGGUGGGACCAGAAUUUAAGGCAGUGAUUGGGAUGGAAGAGGAGAUGGGGAAGGGAGUGGCAAAAAUGUUUGGGGAGGGGGAAAAGUCAUUGGUGAAAGAACAGUCAAAGUUUAUGGUGGGAAAGGAUGGUGGGGUUGGGGAGGGGCCAACAUUUGGGAAGGAGGUGGAGCCAGUGGAACACUAUGGGCUCUCCUCUGGGAUUGGUGAUGCUAAAUUCCUGAGUGGGGGUGAUUGGCUGGCCAGUAGACCCUGGCAUGACUGACAGUCUGAAUGAAUCUGCUUGGCCAGGCAGAGGCUCACUGGAAGAGAACGUCAGCAUUUGAUGGAACGUCAUCUAUUCUAUUGAUGCUAUCGGACGAAUAAAAAUCUGAAAAUCCUC